AUGGUGUCAAUAUUUUCAACGAUUAAUGAAACAGUCUAUGGCCAACAGCAACAACAACAACGACAACGAGGGGGCAGAAAAAGUAGUGUUGUAUCAAUAUCACAACCUAUAAAAAAGAAGACAUGUAUAGAUGAAAGUCAUUUCAUCAAUAAUUAUUCUCCGGCCAAUGGACAAUUAAAAUUUUAUAUUGCUCAGAAAUCUUAUAAAUCUCAAAGUCCAAAGCACCUAACGUUGAAACGUGGUACUUUAGUUCAAUUAGUAUCCAUGGAAAAUGAUGGUCUGUGUCUUGUGAGACUAAUAAGAGAAGUCGGUGCGGGUUUGGUUCCAUUUGAAAGUCUUGAAGAAUACUCUAUCCUUAACGGUUCUUUACCAGAGGUACACAGACCAAUAUAUAAACCAAAUCAAUUGAUGGAAUUAACACCUCCAACAUCUCCAUCAACUUUAAAAUCAUAUGUAUGUUCUCCAGCAUCAGUCUCUAGGGGUUCCUCCCUUUCUGUGUCGUCAUCACUAGCAUCUGUUCCAAAAGAAAUGGAGAAAGAAUGUACUAAAACAAUUAGCUCCUGUGAAAUUGUAUCAAUAUUUAUGAAGGAAGGUAGAGUUCUUUAUAAAAUUAUAAUUAAAUCAUCAUCCAAUGAAGUAAAGAAAGAAGAUCGUUAUUAUCACGAUUUCUAUACUUUACAUGCAUCUCUGAUUCAGGGAAAUUCCAAGAAUCCGAAAGUUGAACUACCGUGCCUUCCUCCACCAGUAAGCUUUAAGAAUAAUGAAGUGGAUAAAGAUAUCAUUACUGAUAGAAUUUCUCUGUUUAAUAAUUAUAUGUUUGAACUGGAAAAGGCUGUAUCAUCUAGUAUAGAGACUUCAAGUUUACAGGAGAUCAUUCAGAAAUGGUUUAUGGGUGAUGAGGAUAAAACUGUUAUUAAAGUGAAAGUUCUAUUUAGAAGGGAUUAUUAUGUAAUGAAAUGUUCAUAUGGAGAAAUUUCCUCAUAUGGUAAAUUACAAACAUAUUUGAAAGGAAAAAUUGAAUCAUCCAAAGAAAAUACUUCUAUCGUAAAUGAUUUACACAUUAAGACUAAGCUGGACGGUUGGUAUAUAGUCAAUCUAUCCGACGAUGAAAUUUACAAAGAAGUUUUACCAAAAGUGAAGGAAACAAAGAAAUUGGUCCUGGAGGUCAUUCUUCAAUAA